AUGAGUAAGCCAGCUCAAGGUGAACAUACCUUUCUCGGCACUGAUAUCAAUACUUCUUUCUUUCCAAACACGACUACGCAUGGAAUCAGCUAUGUAAAGCAAGAUAUCAAGAAUCCUCCACCAGAAUCAUGGCACGAGUCUUUUGAUCUCAUCAACAUGCGCAUGAUUCUCAUCGCCGCUGGUUCCAGCUCAGCUCAACGAGCCGUGGUGAAUGACCACAUCAAGCUUCUCAAACCAGGUGGAUGGAUCCAAAUCGGCGACUGCGAUCGUAUCUGUCCAACUCCUGAGACUGAGAACCCGAGAUAUCACGAUAUGUUCGCUUGUAUUAGAGCUGUUUGCCAAGCCUCAGGUCUAGAACCCCUCGAAGCGCCAAAGAUGAAGUCUUGGCUGGCCGAAGCUGGAUUGGAAGAUGUACACGAGAUGACUGCUAUGAGAGCGGUUGGGAAGAGAAAUGCGGAUGAGGAGCUGGGGAGGUUAGGGGUUGGAGCGGACUUGAUCAUUGCCAAGGGGUUUGCGGCGGGUGCGAAGGGUAAGUCUGGAUACGAUCCGAAGGGUCACAACUAA